AAGUUUGCGCAUGCGCAAAGAUUACAAUGUGGACUACAGGUUUGUUUUCGUUAAAAUUACCACUGACUUUCCACUUACAGGUGAGAUGUGUUCACUCUUCGUUGAGUUUAUUAAAGAAGCAGACGGGUAAAACUGCGGCGGAGCAGCGCUGGCUGCAGCGACAGCUCAAAGACCCGUAUGUUAAAGCCUCGCACAGCCAGAACUUUCGCUGCAGAAGCGCUUUUAAACUGCUGGAGAUUGACGACAAAUUCCGGCUGCUGCAGCCCGGAAGCAGCGUGGUGGACUGCGGGGCUGCGCCCGGAGCCUGGAGCCAAGUGGCCAUUCAGAAGGUCAACUCUGCUGGAUCAGAUCAGGAUUUACCUCGUGGGAUGGUAAUUGGCAUCGAUCUCCUUCACAUACCGCCCCUCGAAGGCGCACACUUCUUAUCCUGCCACGACGUCACUGAUCACGCCACACAUGCCGAGCUCCAGGCGCUGCUCCCAAGUGGCCAGGCUCAUGUCAUCCUGAGUGACAUGGCGCCCAACGCCACGGGCUUCAGGGACAUGGACCACGAAAGACUCAUCACCAUGUGUUUGUCUCUGAUAGACUUGGCUGAGAAGGUUUUACUGCCCGGCGGCUCUCUGCUCUGUAAAUACUGGGACGGGGUUCUCGCUCAUCGACUUCAGGAGAAGCUCUCAAGCGUGUUCAGCAGCGUCCGAACCGUGAAGCCAGACGCAAGCAGGAAGGAGUCAGCUGAGAGAUACUUCUUGGCCAGAAUGUACCGUGGCCCAGUGAAGUGAUGCUUUCAUUGUCUUCUCCUCCUUUGAUGUGUGUCACAGCCACUGAAGUGCUCACUGUGCUUGUGAGCUGAUUGAACUCAAACAAGCUCGUUUGUCUGUUAUCAAGAGGUGGCACUGUUGAGGCAUCGGUGAGGCUGGUUGCCUCGGCCACAUUAAACACUGUUCUCUGCAGCCGGAGCACAGCAGCAGUGAAUCGCUAAAAUGGAAGCCUAUGCAAGGUUGAGUGAGAUAUUCCUCAAGAGUCCCGCGCUGUUUUCUCUCUGCAUAUUGUUUGCCCCAACUGUUUGUUCCACACACUCAGUUUGGUGUUUACUUUGUUCCAGAAAGUCAUUUACCACUUGUGCUUAUUCUAAUAAUUUGCACUUCCAGUCAUGUAGAAAUAUGGUUUCUUUUAUUGAGAGCAAAGGGUGAGAAACACAAAUAAAUAAAUGCCUCACAUUGUCUGAUUAAAAGAACGUGGGAGCACACAUAAGCCUUG